CCGGAUGCGAAAAUACAUAAAAUCUUUCAACGGAAAUGAUUUUCUCCCAAUGCGAAUACACAUGUCUUUAAGAGAAAGAGAGAGAGAGAGAGAGAGAGAGAGAGAGAGAGAGAGAAAGAGAGAGAAAAUCUACAAGGUGUGCCAAAAAUUCGUAAUUAAUUUCCAAAAUGAAUCUCAAAACUUAAUUUCCGAGCUUUCAAGUUCAAAGUCACGUAUCUUCGAAGUAGAUUUGUCGUUUCGUUUAAUUUAUAAAAAAAAAAAAAGAUUAAAAAAAAGAAAAAACUGAAGAAAAGAAAGAUAAAAAUAUUCAAAAAAACAGUAACUAGUUUAGAAAAAAGUGUCUCCAAAAGUACAAGUAAUUAAUUUUUUAUCAUCUUUGUAUCUUUUGAUUCCCCUUUAUCUAGAAAUAUUUGUCCUACCCUAUAGAAUUCCCUAAAGAAAAAGAGAUAGCGUGAAAGAGAGAUAGAGAGAGAAAGAGAAAGAGAGAGUGAAAGAGAGAGAGAGAGAGAGAGAGAAAGAGAGAUAGAGAGAGAAAGAGAGAGAAAGAGAAAGAGAGAGAGAAAACUCAGCAUAGUGCGCUUGCUCUUUCUCAACCCUCUCUUCGUCUCAACCCUCUUAUUCCCUCGAUCAACCCCUCCCUCUUCCUCCUCUUUCCCCUCCACACACCUUCCAUAUACCCUUCUAUACCCCGUACACCCCUGUACACCCCCAUACACCCCUAUACACCUCUACCACCAAUCUUAUCACCCUCGAAGGAGACCGACUCGAAAUGGGGGUGGAUAGGCCGAUAUUGUCGAGCAGGCGCAGUAUAAACUUGGUGGAUGAGGUCCGGAGAGGGCUAAGGGUGGGGGUUGGAGUAGAGGUGGGGGUGGUAGGGUAGGAUGUAGCCGAGAGUACAAACCGCAUAUAUAAUCCAGCGUAACGCGCGUUUACCUCGUCCAAAGUUAGUGGUGACUCUACGUCUUCGUCAUCAUCAUCGUCAUCAUCGUCAUCAUCGUCGUCAUCGUCGUCAUCGUCGUCAUCGUCUUCCUCUUCGCUCUUUUAAGAUCGAAUUUUGUAAAAAAAGAAGAGGAAAAAAAAUGAACGUGAAAAUGUUCGAUGACAACGUCAACAAUAACAACAACAAUAACAGUAAUAACAAUAACGAUAACAAUAAUUUGUAAAAAAGUUUUUAAGGGUGAUAAGUGUGUAAUAAUAAUAAGAAGAAGAAGAAGAAGAAGAGGAAAGUAAGGGAGAAAUAAAAGGGAGAAAAUAUUAGAGAAAAUAUUAAAGAGGAAUAAAAACGAUAAAAGGAAGAACUUUUGUUUGAUAAAGUUUAAAGAUCGAACAACAGCGAUGAACAACGGUUCACCGCAAAAUUCUGAUACGGCUGCCCAGCAACAUCGUAGUGGCGUUGACAACAGCGAUGAAGAGGAAUGGAGUGGUGUAGUAGAAUGUGCUGUACUAGAACGAUCCAAGUCAGAUCGUGUAUCAAGAGUGAACGAAGAUAGAAGACGUCGUACCAUUAUCGUGGAAAAGAAAAACGGCACGUAUGGUUUCACAUUACAGAGUUAUGGAAUACAUUAUAAGAGAGAACAAGAGAUAGAAAUGAUCACAUAUGUCGAUUAUAUAGAAUAUGAUGGACCUGCAUUCAAAGCAGGCAUGAGAGAAGGUGACGUUAUACUUUCUAUAAAUGGUCAUGAAAUGGAUCGAGCUGAUCAUACUACCCUUGUGAACUUUAUAAAGAAUUGUGAUACCAGAAUGAGAAUGGUCGUAUCAUUUGAGGAUUGUGUGAGAAAGGUACGAUUACAUAUGCAUUAUCUGGAGCUGCAACGUACUCUUCAGUUACGCUUAGGUGAGCUUGAAAGAUUAUGUGAAAGAGAACGUUCUAUAUUGAUGGGUCGAUGGAAGACACAUUCGCUUCCAGCACGUAAAAGAACACCCAGUAGUGUUAUAACAAGUAAUCCUAAUCAACCAUCUCCAUCAUCGAGUUUUAAUUCGUCAACCAUUCAAUGUUGUCGACCUGCAACAUCUACGGAACAUCUUUUACUUUACAAUUUGUUCGGUGAUGGUCGACCAUGUUUGAUACCACGUGCUGCUUGUUUGGUAACAGUAGGACCACCACGUUCUCGAAGCGAUCAUCAUCAAUUUCUUUCAAAGAUGCCCAGCGAAUCUGGUGCGUCCACUUCUUCACGUCAUAGUUAUCAUCAAGCAAAUAGUAUGAGCGGUACACCAGCGAAAAUGAAGUCACACAAAUCUUGUCAGCAGCAACAGAAUUCGUCGACGAGCGGAGACAUAUCGGUUCAUCAUUCUCAACAGAAUAGUCUAUGCGUCGCUUGUAUCUCAAGUGCUAAUCGUCGUCGAGAACAAUCGGAUACUGGUAGUUUGGACGCAUAUGAUCUGGCUAGCCCUUGCUGCGAUCCAAACUGUGUUCCAAGCCGUAGAAGACGUGAGAAACAACGUCGAGCUAGAAACGAACAAAAUCAUCUUCAGCAACAACAAUUACAGCAACAGCAACAACAACAACAGCAACAGCAGCAACAACAACAACAGCAACAACAUGCGACACAGGCUCAACGAGAACAACAGCAGCAACAGCAAGGACAACAGCAGCAACAGCAACAACAACAGCAGCAGCAACAACAACAACAACAACAGCAACAACAGCAACAACAACAACAACAACAACAACAACAUGGUACGCACAAUUGUUCCAGAUCUUCCGGUCAUAGUCUUCACUCCAUUACCAGUAGUGACGUAUCAACUACUGCUGAUAGCGUAGCUUCGUGUUCCACUAGUCUAAGCACAGAUACGCUUUACUGGGAUCCAAAUGUUCACCAAAGACCGCCACCGUGCCUUCAAUAUGCCAAACCCAAGUCAUGGGAUAAUUUAACUACAAAAGCUUUCGGUGGAUAUGGAUUUGGAUAUGGUUAUCUGGAUACAGCUACAAUAAAGACACACAGUGCUGAACGACCUGGAAAAGGAGGUCAUGGUCGUGCUAAGACACCUACUGGUACAGUACAAAGAAGAACAAGUAGCAGUACAACUUAUUCCACUGGCAGUACUCGACAUUUUCAACCUACCAAGUCUACCGAAAGCCUUCUCAUACCGCCUCCUUAUCAAAACGAGUUAGAUGGUAGUAUAAGCUGUGAAUGUCUAGAUGAACCCAGUCCAAGAUUUUUACCGGUCGUUCAAUUGGAAAAACAUAAAGAAUCUGGCUAUGUCGCUAGUAAUCAUGCUCAAAUCAGACAUCGACGUUCUAGUCAUUCUGAAGGAAAACUCAGAGCAAUUAACAGCUCGGAAGUAACUCGAUUGUGAAUUUAUUUCUUCUUAGAUUUCUGUAUACGCUGGGAUAUUAUAUAAAAUGAGCGUUGUACCAUAUCCGUGGGGUGGUCCUUUCUAUUCUUGCCAAUUUAUCUUUUUUUAUUAAAGCUUAUAUUUCUUUUUACUGAGAAUAUGUUUGACAUUUUACAAAGUAAAUUCGUUUCUUUUUCUAAACACCUGAUUGUACUUGGAAGAGUUUAAUAAAAUUCGAAUUAAUGAAAUCUAUGUUUGAAAUGAAAAUUUUAAUGAAAAGUAUUUCUCCUCGAAUAAUUAGGUGUUAACAAUGCUUCCUCGUUUAUACUAUAGUUGCAUGUCCAUUUUCUAAUGGAUGAGAUUGUAAUAUUAUUCUACAAUGAAAGAAAUAUAAAACUGCACUUGGAAUUGUCUCUUUGAUCAAUGUAGAAGCUAAUAAAAGUUUGAUAAAUUUUUUAAGGAUGCACCGAGCAAUAGCAAACAAUUUAACAUAUUAGCUACCCACUUCCAUGGACGAAACAAAUAAACAUUAUAAAUAAAAAAACAUAAAAAUCUA